CCCCCGCCCUGCGGACCCCCGCCGCCCGCUCGCGCCCCCGCCCGCCGGCCGCCGGCACCUCCCGCCCCCGGCCCGCCUCCCGCCCUCCGCCGCGCCGCUGGCAGCCGCAGCCCCCGGAGCCCGAGGAUUAUGAGCGAACCAUGAGGCGGCUGCGGCGCCGGGCGAUCGCGGCUCUGCUGCUGCUGCUGCCGCUGCUCCCCGCGCCGGGUCUUGGGGCCCAGGAUCCUGUAGGAGCUCUGCGCUGGAGGGGCUCACCCCAGGGAGCUGUAGAAGCACCCGAGGUCACAGAGCCCAGCCGUCUGGUAGGGGAGAGCUCCGGGGGAGAGGUCCGAAAGCAGCAACUGGAUACCAGGGUCCGCCAGGAGCCCCCUGGGGGCCCGCCUGUCCAUCUGGCCCAGGUGAGUUUCGUCAUCCCAGCCUUCAACUCCAACUUCACCCUGGACCUGGAGCUGAACCAUCACCUCCUCUCCUCGCAAUACGUAGAGCGCCACUUCAGCAGGGAGGGGACAACCCAGCACAGCACUGGGGCUGGAGACCACUGCUACUACCAGGGAAAACUGCGGGGCAACCCACAAUCCUUUGCGGCCAUCUCCACCUGCCGGGGGCUGCAUGGGGUCUUCUCUGAUGGGAACUUGACUUACAUCGUGGAACCCCAAGAGAUGGCCGGGCCUUGGGGAGCCCCCCAGGGACCCCUUCCCCACCUCAUUUACCGGACCCCUCUCCUCCCAGCCCCCCUCGGAUGCAGGGAACCAGGCUGCCUGUUUGCUGCCCCUGCCCAUUCUGCUCCUCCCAACCGGUCAAGGCUAAGAAGGAAAAGGCAGGUCCGCAGGGGCCACCCCACAGUGCACAGUGAGACCAAGUACGUGGAGCUGAUUGUGAUCAAUGACCACCAGCUGUUCGAGCAGAUGCGACAGUCGGUGGUCCUCACCAGCAACUUUGCCAAGUCCGUGGUGAACCUGGCGGAUGUGAUAUACAAGGAGCAGCUCAACACCCGAAUUGUGCUGGUUGCCAUGGAAACAUGGGCAGAUGGGGACAAGAUCCAGGUGCAGGAUGACCUCCUGGAAACCCUGGCCCGGCUCAUGGUCUACCGGCGGGAGGGUUUGCCUGAGCCCAGUGAUGCCACCCACCUCUUCUCGGGCAGGACCUUCCAGAGCACCAGCAGUGGUGCAGCCUACGUGGGGGGCAUCUGCUCCCUGUCCCGGGGUGGGGGUGUGAACGAGUAUGGCAACAUGGGGGCCAUGGCGGUGACCCUGGCCCAGACGCUGGGGCAGAACCUGGGCAUGAUGUGGAACAAACACAGGAGCUCAGCAGGGGACUGCAAGUGUCCAGACAUCUGGCUGGGCUGCAUCAUGGAGGAUACUGGGUUCUACCUGCCCCGCAAGUUCUCGCGCUGCAGCAUCGAUGAGUACAACCAGUUUCUGCAGGAGGGCGGCGGGAGCUGCCUCUUCAACAAGCCCCUCAAGCUUCUGGACCCCCCCGAGUGCGGAAACGGCUUCGUGGAGGCGGGGGAGGAAUGUGACUGCGGCUCGGUGCAGGAAUGCAACCGAGCGGGUGGCAACUGCUGCAAGAAAUGCACCCUGACUCACGAUGCUAUGUGCAGCGACGGGCUCUGCUGUCGCCGCUGCAAGUACGAGCCGCGAGGUGUCUCCUGCCGAGAGGCGGUGAACGAAUGCGACAUCGCAGAGACCUGCACUGGGGACUCAAGCCAGUGUCCCCCUAACUUGCACAAGCUGGAUGGUUACUACUGUGAUCAUGAGCAGGGUCGCUGCUAUGGAGGUCGCUGCAAAACUCGGGACCGACAGUGCCAGGCCCUUUGGGGCCAUGUGGCUGCUGAUCGCUUCUGCUAUGAGAAACUGAAUGUGGAGGGGACAGAGCGUGGGAACUGUGGGCGCAAGGGGUCAGGCUGGGUCCAGUGCAAUAAGCAGGAUGUGCUCUGUGGCUUCCUCCUCUGCGUCAACAUCUCUGGAGCACCUCGGCUAGGGGACCUAGGGGGAGACAUCAGCAGUGUUACCUUCUACCACCAGGGCAAGGAGCUGGACUGCAGGGGAGGUCAUGUGCAGCUGGCUGAUGGCUCAGACCUGAGCUAUGUGGAGGAUGGCACGGCCUGUGGGCCCAACAUGUUGUGCCUGGACCACCGCUGCCUGCCAGCCUCUGCCUUCAACUUCAGCACCUGCCCAGGCAGUGGGGAGCGCCGGAUCUGUUCCCAUCACGGGGUCUGCAGUAACGAAGGGAAGUGCAUCUGUCAGCCCGACUGGACAGGCAAAGACUGCAGUAUCCACAACCCCCUGCCCACAUCCCCACCCACCGGGGAGACAGAGAGAUACAAAGAAACAUCCGCAGAGGAAGGUCCGGAGGGGCCUAAGCGCCACCCGCCUCCCUCCGAGCCUGGCACCCACCGUCUCGGCCCUGAACCACGAGGCUGCCCCCACCCAGCCACAGAGGGAGGCACCGUGCAAAUGUCUUCCAGGUCCAAACCCUUCAACUCCUGGCUCCCCAGGGGCUUGGAGGGGGGGCUGUGGCCCUGCCCUUCGUACCACCAGGGUGGACCAGGCCUGGAGGGCAUUUCCUUCACGGUCCCACCCCACCUCAUGCGGCUUUGGCCUUGCACACCAACUCUCCCUGUGAAUGUAGCUCCCAUCAUCACAGAUCGCCACGGCUCAAGUGGGGGCCUGGGGUGGUGCCCCAGCGGGGGCAGGCAGCCACCAGCGGACACGGCCUGGGAUGGCCCCUCUUCAAAACUAGACAGCUGGUACCAGGGACUUAGCUCUCUAGGACCCAGGGGGAGGAGGCUGACAGCCACAUUGGUUAUUUAUUUAUUUUUUUUAAUUGAAUCUUAACUAAUGAAUGUAAACUUGGGGGUGCUGGGGCCAGGGCAGUUGUAGGGAUAUUUUGACAUUUACAGGAGGGUCUGGAGGAACCGAGGUAUGGUCAUCCCCAGGCCCUCCCCUGGGAUGCUCACACCUGGAAUCCUGUCACUGAACCCAGUGGUUGGACAUCCCAGCUUGCCCUGCCCCCAACCCCAGCCUUGAGGAGCUCAGAAGUAUGCGUGCUGAUCUCAAACCAAAGCUGCCUGUCCCGUGCCCAAGGCUAGGUUGUGGGUACGGUGACCACAUGUCCCAGAUUGUCUUCAAUUCCAAAACAACCAUCUGGUUCCUGCCUGGACACAUGUACUUGUGGGGGCAGGGAAUCCAGAAAAUAUAGUCCCUGAAAUAAAAUGGCACCUUUCCCUUUCAAUAAGGGUGAUUCUGGGGCUGACUCAGGGUUUAGGUGCCCCCUGAUGGGGCCUGGCAGUCCCAGGCCAGGCCAUCUUCCCAGGGAGGGCUCUCUAGGUAGGCAGGGCCAGCGGUGUCCCGGGGCCUGGAGGGGUAGUGCCUAUGAGGGAUAAGAGAAGAUUAGGAAAGGGCAGGUCUCGUGGACGAUCCUAGGUUUCUAGAAAAGUUCUCAAGGCCCCAUCAAACCCUUUCUACCCCCCUACCCCUUCCAAGGCUGAGUAGUAAGUUUACAGAUGUGUCCCCAUCUGUUCUCCUCUGACUCCUGCUGUGGCCAUGCCUGAGAGCAAGACUAAGGCCUGCAGCUCUCCUCAGCCUCCCUACAAACGGCCUCCCUCAUGGCCUCACUUGAGGUGCAGGAGCUCUGGCUCCAUGACCCUAAAAGUGAUGAGGACAGGCCCACCUUACGGAUGAAAGCCACAAUAGAUGGAGCCUCCCCACCCCAGGAUGCCCCACCUAGACUCAGAAGGGGUCUCUGGACACCCCAGGGUCUCUGAGCUGCCUGCUGGUGUCCCUCUUUCUGGGACGUCUUUGAAGAGGAAUCAAGGAGGAAAUGUCUCCCUAUUUAUCCAAACCAGCCUCAGGCAAAUCCAUCUGGGACCCAUUGACAGCCUUUUGGGUGACUGGGUGACAUCAGCUACAGUGAGGUCCUCAGUACUGCACCCCAGCUGUCUCUGCCCAAGUGAGGGGACCGAGCAGGCUGCCCCUUUGGCUGGUUCCGCUCCACAACCUGAGGCAGGGCAAGGACUGGGCUUUGCACUCUUGCCACGAUACCUUGAGGCCUCCAUUCCUGGGUGGCACGUGGGCACACGGGUGGCAAUGCAUCUGGGCACAAGCAUGUGGACCCACAUCUCUGCACAAGUGUGAAUGCCUCCGCACACAUGGGCAUGUCUGUGUGCUCGGGUGCCUGUGGGGACGGGGACAUGGAGAACACAAGGCUUCCUGUGACCAGUCUAUCCUGGCUCCCAGCUGUCUGCAUCCUCCUGUCCCGCCCUGACGGUGCAGCCUGGAAGUGCCCCCAGGGAAGCGGGGGCUUCUCUGGCCUGGCCUGGACCUGGCUCCCUACGCAUUCUGUACAUAGGUCAUCUGGGGCUGGGGGUGGGGAGGCAGGGCCAGGAAUAUCAAUUAAAGAUCACAUCCUGGGGCUUCCACGGAGC